AUGUCAUACGGACUUUACCGGCCGGCACUUCAACCGUCGACUAGUUCUGAGCCUUCCACCAUGGAUUCACAGACUAUUAUUGACAACCGGAUGCUGCUAAUGCAGCCGCAACUAAUCCCAGCGGCAGCCUUCCACGAGGCUCUUCCGUCAGCCGUUCAUGGGAUGCCUGGAAACCUGGCAUAUGCAUUUAACCAAUCUCACAGCAGGAAUGUGGGGGUGGAAGCAAUCUUCUUCCAGCAGGCACCUUACACUUCCUCAUUCAUGAGCCAAAACCUGGCAUCGUCCCUUCAGCCCAGCAUACCGCUACCAUCACAUCCACCCGCGAACACAUCCAACCCCGCCUACUCUAUGCGCCCGGAGGGAUGGGCCGCGCAGACACAGACCCAGAUAGAGGCACAUACACCGACCCCAGAACCACACACAACAGCAGCAGAUUAUCAUCUCACAUCAUCCCAUCAACGUCAGCAAUCAUUAGCCCAACAGCAACUUACCCCUCUCUCCAGCUCAACCACCGACCUCGACCUCGACCUCGAUCUUGACCUUGACCUUGAUCUGGACCUCAACCUCAACGAAUCCCCAUCACAUUCACGAAGUCACCCUCAAACACACUUUCGACUACUCCCAGAAGACAGCGCCACCGCCGUCGUUCCAUCCUCAUCCUCGUCCUCCCCACCACGCCUUCACCACCACCACCACCAUCAUAAUGCUCCCAACAAUAACAACAACCAACCCCAACGAGACCUAACCAACUACGGCAUCCCCAACCCCGACGGAACCUGGCGCUGCGCCUACCCAGGGUGCGCCUCGCAAGCUUUCUUCCGUCGUGGCUGCGACCUCCGCAAACACUACAACCGACACCGUAAGCACCUUUUCUGUCGCUACGAGAACUGCCCCCAGGCCACGCGAGGUGGAUUCUCCAGUAAGAAGGACCGGGAUCGGCACGAAGCAAAACAUAACCCUGAGAUUCCAUGUGAAUGGGAAGGGUGCCGUCGAGUAUUCAGCCGAGUGGACAACAUGAAAGAUCAUGUGAGACGGAUUCAUAAGAGGCGAGAAGCUGGAGAAAGAGAGAGGGAGAGAGAGUGA